AUGGCGUAUCUGCAUGCGAGCGAGAUCCGUUCGCACGGCAACUUGAAGAGUUCCAACUGCGUCGUGGAUUCCCGAUUCGUCUUGAAGGUCACGGAUUUCGGAAUCCACAGCCUGAGACAGAGCGACAAAGGAGGAUCUCAUUCCUGGAACGGAGACGAGGACGAGGAGGACACCUACGCCUACUGGCGGAGUCAGUUCAACCUUACUUUCCCCCUUAUUGUACAGAUGGUGCCACCUGUUCUGUUCGUCUCUGAUUCCUUCUCGCUGGAAAGCUACCCGUGA